AUGCCAGUCGAUGAAUUGCCUAUGUAUCCGACACCCCAGCAAGCAGCUUAUACUGUUGGGAACCAAGCGCAGGGCAGUUCGAGAAAGCAAUCACACCCCAAACAAUCCAACGUCGUAUAUAGGCCAGCCCAGCACCUGAAGCCAGUUCCAUCACAAUAUUCACAUUUGCAACCUCAUAAUACUCAGGCAUAUCAAGGACAACCACCAGCAGAUUUCCAAGGACAAUACCUGUCGCCAUCGCAUCACCAGUCUCAAUCUCAUCCUCCACCUCCUCACGCACAACAAUAUCCUCAAUAUCAACCUCAGCCAGUCCAGCAGCAAUAUUAUCAACCUCAGCCAGUUCCUGUGCCUGUGAAACCUAGUUAUGGGUCAUAUGGAUCUAAUGAGUACGCGAGUUCGCCAGUAAAUCUGCAUCAUCCACAGCAUCAACCUCAACCUCAACCUCAACCCCAACCCCAACGUCAACCUCCACAACAGACUUAUCAAGUGCCUCCACAACAACAUCAACCAUAUCAAGGAAUGCCUCCACAACCUUCUCAACCACCUCAACAGACUCAAUCGUCCCAACAUCCACAACAGAGAUAUCAAAACUUCAAUAAUGCUCCUCAAGUGAGUAAUCAACAUCAAAACCCACACAAGAAACCGCCGCCAUCCAAUCCAACACCUACUGGAUCUAAAGAAUCGUUACUGAUCCCUAGUUCAACUCCUCCAAAACAACAUGUAUCCUCAAAACAAAAAUUGGAAAAUGAAUUGAAAUCUGUGUUUAACAAGGUGGAUAUUAAUCAUUCAGGAAAAAUAUCGUCAAAGGAAUUAUCAUUAGCUUUACUUAACUUUGAUCAUACAAGAUUCCAAGAUUCUACAAUUUCAUUAAUGAUUAAGUUAUUUAGUGGUUCUAAUGGUUCGAGCUCUGGAAGCCUGAAAUCUUUGACAUUCGAACAAUUUGUUUCCUUGUGGAAAUAUUUGUCCGCUUACAAGAAAUUAUUUGUAGCUGCUGACUCCAAUAAGUCAGGAGAUAUAUCGUUUGGAGAAUUUCAAAAAGUUUUAGAGCAGAUUGGUUAUAAAUUAAACAUAGAUUUAGUCUUGCAUCUAUUCCAAAAAUUUGCACAAAAGGCGAGGGAUGAUGGAUAUGAUGAUGGAUCAGUUGGUAAACUUAAAUUUGACGCUUUUAUCGAAUUAUUAGUUUAUUUAAGAAAACUAACAGAUAUCUUCAAAAAGUAUGAUAAAGACUUAUCAGGUGUUGCAACGAUUAAUUUCCUGGACUUUUUAUUCGAAGUAAGUAACUUAUCGUAA